AUGGCUAGUAAGCUGGUCCAGGUAGGGGAAUUUAGCCUAUCGGUAGAGUUUGUGAUGAAGAAGGAUAAUUUUAUAUGGAGAUGCACGUCCGUGUAUGGACCGACGGAGCGGAAUCACAAGGUAUCUUUCUGGGAGGAACUGAUGGGCACCAGGGGGGAUGCUGGAAUUCCUUGGGUUAUCUGUGGUGACUUCAAUGAACCCCCAUCUGUGGGUAGGAGAUUUACGUGGACCAAUGGUCAAGCGGACCCGAUUUGGGUGAAACUUGACCGCUUUCUGAUUAAUGCUGAGUGGGCGAACUGUUUCCCUAGAGUGAUGCAAGUGAUGUUACCUAGACUGGGGUCGGAUCAUGUACCGAUUAGGCUUGAGGUGGGUUACCACUCAUCUAAACCUAGGCCGUUUCGCUUUGAAAAGGUGUGGAUCACUGUUGAAGGCUUUCAGGAGUUGGUACAACAGUGGUGGGCUGAGACAACGCCUAGGGGGUAUGGGGCAUUCAUUGUUUCUAAGAAACUGGCUGGGGUUAGAACGCACUUACGUCAGUGGUCUAAGUUUAGCUUUGGGUCAAUCAAGUUAAAAAAGUUAGCAUUGAUGCAAGAGAUGGAGGUCCUUGACAUUGCCAAGGAAUCUAGAAGCUUAACCCUGGGGGAGAUCCAGAGGGAGCUUGACCUUUCCUUCAAUUUAGAGGAAAUUCGUAGGCAGGAAGAAAUCUAUUGGAGACAAAGGUCGAGGACGCAUGGAUUAAAGAGGGUGACGAAAACACAAAGUUCUUCCAUGCGGUGGCAAAUGGCAGGCAGAAUCUUCUGGGACACGGUCAGUGCGGAUGUGGUCUUACUUUGUGAGGAUUUCUACUGGCAUCACGCCAACUUGGAUAGAAUUAAUUGGGCUAGUAUCACCCUUAUACCUAAAGUGGAUGCGCCAGAGUCCCCGGGGGAUUUCGGACCCAUCAGUUUGAUUAAUUCUUCAUUGAAAAUUAUUUCUAAAGUGUUGGCGAAUCGGCUGAGCAAGGUGAUGAAUUUGUUAGUUGAUAAGGAACAAUCCGCUUUCCUUAAAGGGCGAUGCAUUCUGGACAACAUUGCAACAGCGGAGGAACUUAUUUUUAGUAUCCACAAGAGAAGGCUGUCGGGGCACAUUUUGAAGGUUGAUUAUAAUAAGGCUUUUGAUCGUGUCGAUUGGGACUUUCUUUUAGAUCUAUUGAAAGUCAGGGGUUUCGGAGAUAGGUGGAUUGGGUGGAUCAAUUGCAUUUUGUUGUCUUCGAAAGCGAUUAUUCUCGUCAAUGGAUCCCGAAUGGGUAUGUGCGUUACAAAAGUGGAUUAUGACAAGGUUCUGGUCGGGGUGCCUUUAGGGGAUUUUGGUAACAGGUGUGAUCUCCAUUACGCCGAUGAUCUUCUAGUCUUGACCACUGGCGGGCUGGAAGACUUGCAAAUCGUUAAGAUAAUUUUACUGAUGUUUGAGGGGUUGACUGGUUUAGCUACAAAUUUUUUGAAAACUUGCUUAUAUACUUCUGACUUGGGGAAGCUUCCGGAGAGGGAGGCGGCGGGUACAUUAAGUUGCGAAAGGGGCAUGUUACCUGUUACAUAUCUGGGUAUCCCGAUCUCAGGGAGGAGGCCAAGGAAACAAGACUGGGAGGGUCUCAUCGCUAAGAUUCGGAAGAGAUUGUCUUCAUGGAAAAUGAAGCACUUAUCCAUUGGUGGGCGCCUCACGUUGAUUAACUCGGUGCACAUGGCGGUACCCACAUACUAG